AUGGGCCCCUUCUUGUAUAUGGGUGAAGCGAACACAUCUUUGCUUCUCCACCGCUCAGUUGUAUUAUCCACUUCACUCAAAACUCUAUAUAAGAACCCCAAAAAGACAAAAAAAGACGAAAAAAAAAUGUCCAGCACCAGAAGAAGCAGAGAGAGAACGAUGAAGCAGCUCAAUCUGGCACUACAAAUAUGCUUAACGACCUCUCUGAUACUACAGCUAGUCACUUGCUCAAACUCAACCCCAACGCCCAACCCAUGGCCAGACCAAUUCCAUGCACUUUUGUUUAUGAACUUGAGCACAACAAAGCUGCAGCUCAGUGACCUCUGGUAUGACUGGCCUAAGGGCCGAAACGUCAACAUAUUUCAGAAGCAGCUGGGUGAGGUUUUGUACGACGUAGAGUGGAACAACGGCACGUCGUUUUACUACACCAUAGGGGAAAAUGGAGCAUGUGAGGUUAUGGAGUUUGAAGUUGGCAUUCCUAGGCCUGAUUUUCUUCUUGAUGGGGCACACUAUCUUGGGACUGAAGUCACAGAUGGGUUUCUUUGCAAUGUGUGGGAGAAGGUGGAUUUUAUUUGGUAUUAUGAGGAUGUUUACACUAGGAGGCCAGUUCGCUGGGAUUUCUAUGAUGGAAUAUCUAGUCAGGUGAUGACAUUUGAGGUUGGUGCAGUUUUGCCAGAUUCAGUGACUCAAGCACCUGCAUACUGCUUCAACCAAGAGAAAGAUGCAUAAGCUUUAGAAAGUAAAUUGUCAACCAAGAGAAAGAUGCAUAUAUGCUUCCCCUUGAAGAAAACCUUUUCUGAGUUGUGACCCAUAGAGUCUAUGGAGUGGAUUAUUGAUCUCUGUUGUUAGCCAGUAUUAUUAGCUUAUUAUCAAAUACACAGACUAAUUGAGCAACUAGGAGCAGAAAAAUUAUGUCGAAAUAAUUAAUCUUUGUUCCGAACAAAUAAGUUUAUCAAACUCAACAAGGCAGGUCUGCUGUUUGUGUCCCAUGUAAAAUUAGUUUUAUCAAGGGUAGGUACUUGGUAGUUGGUAGGGGUGGACAUGGUUUGA